UGCAGCUGAGGGGCGGAGUCACGGAGCCCUAAGCGCGUGAAGCAGCGCGUGGACUUGCUGCCUGAGUUGCCCCAGUGUUUUUCAAGAGGUGUUGCUGAUUUUCCAAGAGUAUUCAACAUGAUAACUCCAGCAUUUGAGCUGAGUCAAGAUCCUGAUUUUCUUACCAUAAUGAUCAGAGUACCAUAUGCACGGGUUUCAGAGUUUGAUGUCUAUUUUGAAGGAACAGAGUUCAAAUUUUAUGCAAAACCUUACUUUCUCAGAUUGGUUCUUCCUGGAAGGAUUCUCGAAGAUGGAAGGGAGAAAGCAACAUACGAUGACUCAGGGAUAUUUACAAUACGGCUUCCCAAGGAGACUCCUGGAGAGAAGUUUGAUGGGUUAGACAUGUUGACGGCUCUACUUGCACCGAAGAAAUCCCGUUCAGCAAAACCUUUAGUAGAGGAAAUGGGUGCUGAAAAUGUUGAGGACGUAGAAGAAGAGGAAGAAUUUGAUUGGGAAAUAGAGCAGACUCUGUAUGAGGAGAGCAAAGAGAGCUCCCUGUGUUCUCCUUGUACCUAUGGCUUUGGAAAUCAGAAAUCAGGAGUUUUCAAACGUCUUCAGGAUGAACUUAGCGAUGUUAUUGAUAUUAAAAAUCCAGAUUCAACACCUGCAGUUGAACGUAGAGAAAAACGGUUGGCAGUAGAAGCAGCCAAGUUUGAUCCUGACCAUUACCUUGCUGACCUUUUUGAAGAUGAAGCUGUUUGCCAUCUCUUGAAGUAUAAGCCAUGGUGGGUUGAAGCUUAUACAGCCAAGAUGGCUUCUCAGGAAGCCAGUCCUUCCAAUGAGAGCAAUCAAACUGCACUUGUUUCCUUUACAGAGGAUGAAAAAGAACAGCUGAGAAAAUUCAGCAACAGAACUUUCCUUCUUGAUAAAAGAGCCUGUCAUCAAGUAUAUCUGAGCUUAGUUGAUAUACUUCUGGCCUAUUGCUAUGAAAUCUAUGCCAGUGAAGGCGAAAAGAAUGUUGAAUCACCAUGGAAUAUAAGAAAACUGAGUUCAACUUUGUGCUGGUUGGUGACGUUCACUGGGAUGUCUGACGUCCUGAUAUCCUUUGGAAGAAGGGUUCUCUGCUAUCCUCUCUACAGACAUUUCAGUUUGGUAACCCGGGCCAUAAACGACACCAUUGUGAUAUUACAACUAGGCAAAAGUGCAGUUUUGAAGUGUCUGCUAGAUAUUCACAAGAUUUUUCGAGAAAAUGAUCCUGCAUAUAUUCUUAAUGACCUUUACAUCACAGAUUAUUGCAUUUGGAUUCAAAAAGCCAAGUCAAAGAAGUUGGCAGCUCUUGCCGAAUGUAUGCAGCAAACAGAGCUGACGAAGACCAAAUUAGGUUUCGAGCUCAACGAGCUGGAAGCAGCUGCUCUUCUUGUGGAAGAGGAAGAAAAGGAGUUAAAAGCCAGGGGCGCAGGCGGUUAUAAGCAGCCGCUGCCUCCCUCCGAAGGAGAGGCGAGUGACUCUGAAGAUUCAAGCAGCACUUCAUCAUGCGAGACAGGAGACUCUGAUUCAGAGGAACAAGAGUCCUCAGCCAGCGAAGAUGGGGAAAUAAAUCCUUUACAAAGCACACUCCAAGACGAGAGGACAGCCCCACUUAUUGACUGUAAUGGAUUAAGGCGAGACACAGGCGCUUUGACGUUAGAUGUUAGGAAUGAGAAAUCAAAGCCUCCUUUACAAUCUACAUCUGUUCCUGGGAAACUGAUAGAGGAAUUAGGAAACCAAAUGCAGACUGCAAUUAGGCUUACGGAGGAGCCUGAAGGUUGCUCUCUGGGAUGCGACGAUGGCAGCAGCACUUUGCAAGAGACAGGGACAAGCCGCACAGCUCCAGGACCUUCUCCGGAUCAUAAUGGAGAGAGACAUUUCUUGGAGGUGACUCCAAAAAACAGCGCGCUUCUGCUUCUUGCCACUGCAAACCAAGAUUCAUAAGCAAAAGUGGAUGGAGCAGGCUGUAAUGGAUGGGUUUUCAGCUCUGGUUGUUAUGGUUCAUUUAAACAUUCAGAGACAAAAUAGGAUUUUUAAAGAAUUUACUCUCCAUUUCUCUGUGGGUUCUUAAUCUAAAGUCAUCGUGAAAGAUGGUAUUGAUUUUCCUGUAUUGAUUUUCACUUGAUCCACCCAGCUAAAAUAUGAAUGCCUUAUACAUGUCAUAGACAUUCUUGGGUCCUGCAUAAGGAGAAAGACAGGAUAUAAAUCAAAUAAAUAAAAGGACAACUUCUGUGAUUUUGAAUUAAUGUUGAAAGAGGCUAAUUGCGUUAAAAUAGUGUGUUAAAACUGGUGAGGGUUGCUGGCUUCUGUGCUGUCAAUUGUUUAUACAGAGUUUAAAUGUAAAUGCAGUCUGUUUAUACUUUGCAAUUUAACUUGGCUCCCAGUUGCCAAAAAGUAGUACAGCUUUGUUUAUUUGCUUUUUAACCAUAUUGAAGUGUCCAGUAAACUUGUAGAUUGAAGACA